CUUAGAUCACCAUUGGGCCUAGCCCGUCGCACGGCUAAUCCAUUGGAUUCCACAUUCGAAGUCCCAAAUUGGAUGCGCUCGUGCAACGAGGAAACCCAGAGUCCGAGACUCCAAUGCACCCGCCGGCCGCGCAUUCCGUCGAGCACCUGGCGCGCGCCUCCGCUCCCCGCGACGCCUCCGCUCUCGUCCUCCUCCUCCCGGCAUGCGGGACCCUCCGCUCCCUGCGCGCGCUCCACGGGCGCCUCCUCCUCCUCACGAGCGGCCUCCUCCGCGGCAUCCGCGCCCGCACCAAGCUGCUCAGCUGCUACGCGGCGCUCGGCGACCUCGCCUCCGCGCGCGGGGUGCUCGACGGGACGCCCCGCCCGGACGCGUACGCCUACAGGGUCAUGCUCGGGUGGCUCGUCGACGCGGGGAGCCACGCCGACGCCGUCGCGCUCCACCGGGACAUGAGGCGGCGGUGCCCCGCGGCGGCGCAGGCCGACGUCGUGCUGUCCCUCGCGCUCAAGGCCUGCGUCAGGUCGGCGGACUUCCGGUACGGGAGGAGGCUGCACUGCGACGUCGUCAAAGCCGGCGGCGCGGAUGGAUUCGUGAUGAACAGCUUGGUCGACAUGUAUGCGAAAGCUGGAGACCUGGAGAACGCCCGGAAGGUGUUCGAUAGAGUUCCUGAACGGAAUGUGGUGUCGUGGACGUCGAUGCUGAGCGGUUCCAUCCAGAAUGGUAUAGCUGAAGAAGGAUUGGUUCUGUUUAAUGAGAUGAGACAAGACAAUGUGCAUCCGAGCGAAUACACUAUGGUGAGUGUUCUUGCGGCUUGCGCCAUGCUCGGUGGUUUGCACCAAGGGAGGUGGAUCCAUGGAUCAGUUAUCAAAUACGGGUUAUCUACUAACUCUUUCAUCAGUGCCUCUCUGCUAGAUAUGUAUGCCAAGUGCGAGAAAGUAGAGGAUGCUCGACGUGUGUUUGAUGAGCUCGAGUUUGUUGACAUUGUUUUGUGGACGGCGAUGAUUGUUGGGUACACACAGAAUAAGAGGCCUCUUGAUGCACUACAGCUUUUUCUUCACAAGAAAUUCGUGAGCAUUGUUCCCAAUUCAGUUACCAUAGCCACUGUUAUUUCCGCUUCUGCUCAGUUACGCCACUUACCCCUGGGAAGAUCUGUUCAUGCUAUAGGGGUUAAGUUGGGAACGAUGGAAUCUGAUGUGGUCAGGAAUGCACUUGUCGAUAUGUAUGCAAAAUGUCAAGCUUUGCCAGAAGCUAACAGCAUAUUUGGAAGGAUUUUGAUCAAGGAUGUUGUCGCAUGGAAUUCAAUGAUGGCAGGCUACUCUGAGAAUGGGAUGGCCAAUGAAUCACUGGUACUAUUCAACCGGAUGAGGAUGCAGGGUAUAUCACCUGAUGCCAUCUCUGUGGUGAAUGCCUUGUCAGCUUGCGUAUGCUUGGCAGAUCUGCAUAUUGGUAAAGGUUUUCAUACUUAUGCGAUAAAAUAUGCAUUUAUGUCCAAUAUCUAUGUCAAUACUGCUCUGCUGAACCUGUACAGCAAGUGUGCUGAUCUCCCAUCUGCUCAGAGGGUUUUCAAUGAUAUGACUGACCGUAAUUCUGUCACUUGGUCUGCAAUGAUUGGCGGUUAUGGCAUGCAGGGUGAUUCAGCUGGUUCUAUCGAUCUUUUCAAUGAAAUGCUGAAAGAAAAUAUCCACCCGAAUGAAGUAGUGUUCACAAGCAUACUUUCCGCUUGCAGCCAUACUGGAAUGGUUACUGCAGGAAAGGAGUAUUUUGAUAGCAUGGCACGACAUUUUAACAUCACCCCUUCCAUGAAGCACUAUGCAUGUAUGGUUGAUGUGAUGGCCCGUGCCGGAAAUCUGGAGGAAGCAUUGGAGUUCAUACAGAAUAUGCCAAUCAAAGCAGGAAUUAGUGUCUGGGGAUCCUUUCUCCAUGGGUGCAAGCUACAUUCCAGGUUAGAGUUUGGAGAAGAAGCCAUCAAGAAGAUGGCAGCACUUCAUCCUGAAACACCAGAUUUUUAUGUGCUGAUGUCCAACUUGUACACCUCGUAUGGAAGGUGGGAUAAAUCUCAAACCAUCAGGAGAUGGAUGCAGGAACAGGGACUCGUGAAACUGCCUGGAUGCAGCUCCGUGGGGCAUGAAAAUGGAUGAUGACGACACAGAGGUGCUUGCAAAAUAGAAAAGACCAUGGAGCUGUAUCAUUUGGUGUUUGGUAACAUCUAUAUGCACUGUUGAGGACAUAUGGCAGUGGUAACAUGAAAGCAAGAAGUUUUUAGAUGUGCAAAAAUAUUAUACUGGUGAAGGAUUACCAAAGAAGCAGAACGAGAAUAAGGCAGUAAUACUCUCUGUAUGGAGUGCACAAUUCCUUGUGAAUGCAUGGAAGUUAUGUGUACCAGCUCAUGAAGAAUUGAAGAUCCAUUAUUAUCCCCAUUGAGCUCCAAAAAUGUCACUUUCACAAAUUGAAUGGUCUACAGAGUCUAACUACAAGCAGCCAAGCACCGAUGGACUAGGAAGGCUUCUAGUUGGAAAGAUGACACCCAUCUGCAAGAACUGUUUUCCCACAUGUACAAGUUUGAUUAUGUACAUGCACUAUCACAACCAUCAAAUUUGUCUCAAGAUUGAUACAAAGCUUCAAAGUUCAAAGCAUUGAAGCAACCUGCCCAUCUUCUAUUCAUCAGGAUGCAUGUGAACCUUGAAGCAGUUGGAAUGGGCAUAGAAGCCGAUAGUUGACACAAGUGAACAUGCAUAUAGAGAACUGGAGAUGCACUUAUCGCCCAUCUGCUGAAGAAUUUUCAAAUGAUCAAGACAACGAAACCCCAAAAGCAAACGGAGCACAAUCGAUGCUGAGAUACUGCAGUCCUUUCAGCAUGUUAGGCAUAAAAUGUAUAGGUGUAGAUUUGUUAAAGGAAAAGCAAGCAACUGAUAUAGAUCGCAUUUGACCUGGAGUAAUUUUUUUGUGACUUCUUUCACCAUCCUAUUGGGCACUUGCAGACUGUUACAAAGCUUGUGUUUCCCUCGUAGUUCGUGAGAUGACUUCUCUCAUCAUUCUACUGGCGAGAGAAACACUUAUAGAGGCAUAGACUGACAUACUGUUUUCCUCUUCCUAAGUCAAGUUAUGCCAUUUAAAUCCAACGCCAAUGGCCA